ACAGUACAACAUUCUGUUUGUUUUCUUUGCUAUCUGAUCAGUCAAAAUCAUGAAAAUGCCGUCGAAAGAACAAACAAGAGAAUCUGGCCGACAGAAGGAGAUAGCUCAGAGGAGGGUUCUUGACUCCUUCACCCGAGCCAAGCGAUUACGACGUCAGCUGGAAGCACUUGAACAGGACAACUUCCAGGAGGACCCACAUGCCAAUCUGGUCCUUCUAAAGAAGAAACUACCUCAGUUUGAUUCCAAUGAAGACACUCCUACCACAAAGAAAAGAAAGAAGAGAGGAGAUCAUUUCAAGCAGAGAUUUAGAAAGACGUUUCACAUGCUCGUCGAGGAAGAACAGCUAAGUAUGAACGAGCCUCCAAACUACUUGACGUGCUGUGUACCGCCCUCGUCCGAGCCGCAGAGGAAGUUUUGUGCUGUCUGUGGAUUCCCUUCUAACUAUACUUGUGUUGCUUGUGGAGCUCGAUACUGCUGCGUGAAAUGUCUAGGAACUCAUCUAGAUACAAGGUGUCUAAAGUGGACUGCAUGAUGUGAGCAUA